ACAGGUCAAAUAGACCGUGGAUGCUAUUCUUUACAUUUAUUUAUCACUCGUUACAAUACUGUGAUAAAUAUAUAGAUGCAUAGUGGGUUAUUAUAACAAGAAAUAGGCCUAUGUAUCCCUAGUUUAUAUCUAUGUUCAGAAACGUCCAUUGAAAUGGGGAGCGAAGUCAGUAUGCAGGUAGUGGCUGUUGUCUCAAACUAUUGUCAUAGGUGAAACGAGCAGUAUGGCAAAGGAUUUUAAGGCAACUCAUUUUAACAAUAACUUUGAUACGUAGCAGGAAAUCAAUCGCCGGUCCUACUAGUUAGAAAUUGUAUCUUUUCAUCAUUUCUCUAUGUGAAGUAUGCACACAUCAAUAAGAAAUAACUGCAACAGUCAACUAAAUAUUUGCCAUACAGUCUCACAGUUGCACUAAAUGAAUUCAAGAACUUUGAAUUCCAUCUCUGAGAGGGAGAAGUACGCGGCAGUAGAAGUUUCUGUUGCGCUAUUAUAAGUCUUCCAAUUUACGAAGCCAUCGGGGAGUACCUGAAGGCAUCGCGCGACUCCACUACUACAUCCGGGACAUUCAGAUUUUCACAUGUCAGUUGGAUCAGCUGUCAAGACUUUCCUGCAUGUGAAGAAGCUACGGCAGCUAUUCUGAUUUACAACACGUAUUUCUUUCAUCAGAAGAGAUGGCGCUGAUGGGAAUUCAGCUGGUGGUCAGCUUGCUGGCUGCCAGCAUUAUGCAGAGGAUGGCUCCACAUUACUCCUUUGCACGCUGGCUACUCUGCAAUGGCAGUCUGUACCGGUUCAAACACCCGUCAGAAGGAGAGCUGUGUGCCCUGGCCGGAAAGCAGAUGCCCAAACAGACCAGGAGAGACAGGAGACAAAAUGGGGAGAGCAAGCCUCUCACUGUGCCCAAAGACAUCGACCUUCACCUGGAGAAAGCUCCAAUCAACGCACUUGACGCUCUUGUGCUGCGAUUUUUCCUGGAGUACCAGUGGCUGAUAGACUUUGCAGUCUAUGCAUCAGGCGUCUUCAUGUUCACUGAGUGUUACUACAGUUUUGUGGAUGCCAGCAAAGAAGUCAACAUCGGAGCCAUCUGGUGUGUCCUGACUGUUCUCUUCAGUCUAAAGACUCUUCACACUCUGAUGAGCCACUACUUCAGCUCUGAGGAGGGUGGCGAGCGCUCUGUGUGUCUAGCCUUUGGCUUCCUGUCUCUGCUGGUGGCCAUGCUGGUGCUGGUGGUCAGAGAGGACUACCUGGAGUUUGGUCUGGAGUCGGGAUUCUCCAGCCUCUUCGACAACUUGGAAGUGUUCACCAGACAGCACGGCUACGCUGAGUGGUCAAUCCCAGUGACUAAGCUGACAGUGAAGCUCGGUCUGGCCGGUAUCUGUGCGUAUAUCGGUGCUCUGCUGGCCUUCCCAGGCCUGAGAAUGGCUCAGACUCAUCUCGAUGCUGUACAGCUGAAUGCCGGGCGACCACACAUCCAGAUUCUGCUGCACAUGAGUUUCCUGUCUCCAGUCAUUGUGUUGAUUCUGUGGGUGAAGCCCAUUGCAAGGGACUUCCUGGCCAAUGCACCUCUGGGGAAAACCACUGUCACAAUAGUUUCCAGUGAAACAUUCGACAGCAUGCGCUUGGGCAUCAUCGUGGCGCUGUGUCUGCUGCGGCUGGCAAUGACUCGCUACCACAUGCAGGCCUACCUCAAUCUGGCUCAGAAGUGGGUGGAGCAGAUGAAGAAGGAAGCGGGACGUAUCGCUGCGAUUGACAUUCAGAGGAAGGUGACUCGUAUCUUUUGCUACCUGACUGUGAUCACUCUCCAGUAUCUGGUUCCUGUUUUUCUCAUCCUCUUCUCUACACUUGCUCUCAAGUCACUAGGGGGCUUCUCCUGGAGGGCCGAUGUAGAGCAGACCCCCGGGGUGACGCCAGCGCUGAUAAUGCCCACAGUAGCCCCCGUGCUUCCAGGUGGUCUCGAUGAAGAUGAAGAGGGGAUGGACGACAUGGAGGAAGACGUACAGGCCACAGUUGCGCACCUGACAGAGGCCUUCACAGCGCUGAAAUCCGUCCUAACUCCACUUUUCUUUAGAGGGUUCUUCGCCUUCCUGACGUGGUGGGUGGCUGCCUGUCAGGUCAUCAGCUCUCUGUUCGGCAUCUACUUCCACCAGUACCUUAUGCAGAACUAACUGAGGGAGACGGGAGUGCCGUGACUCUGCAUAGUUCUGCAGUGACAGCCCUGUCUGCAGGCAUCCUGUGCAACGGCAUAUCCAAAGCUAUGGGGACAAUUGAUUAAAACACACAACCACAGAUAGAAAGCACCCUGUUUAAUCAAGGUGUGUUGAGAAGAAGGGUAAGGAACACUGUCUGUUGCCAAAGUGGCUACCUUGUUGCCCUUGUGGCAUUUUGUAACCAGCAGGGUACUGGUAUUAAUAACACAAAUGUACAGAGAGCACUGGGGUCUGCAUCACAAAGCAAGUUAUACUUAGUCUGGCGGUCUUUGGUUUACCUAGGUUCACUGAGUCUACCAUAAACAAUCAUUAGUAAGCGGAUUCAUAGACCUUGUUAUCAUCUGGCUCCGGUAGCUCUGUGUUUAUUGAUCAAGCUGCAGAUGCGUUCAUGUGAAAGAGAGUUUUUAAUUACAUGAAACAUCAAAAGAACCAUGAGAGGAUUACUCAAUGACACAGAGACACCCACAGGGAAAUUAGACUUGUUUAUUUAUGUGGAUACUCAUUAGUUACUGUAUUGCAACAGUAGCCAUCCCAACGAAGAAAUCCUAAGUAGAAUAGGAUAAGAAGUCAGGACGAUUAUAUUUCUCAAACAUGGCUAUGAAGAAGUGUAAGAAUGAUGCUUUUUAAGAUUUCAAAACAUGUUAAGUUGUCUAGAGAAGUGGAGUGUUGUUGCUUUUGUUUCUAAUCUUGCUUUAUUAUACAGACCCCCUGCACGAUCAUCUUGUACAAUAUUCAAGCGCAACUUUUCAGAUGUUCCUAUGCCAGUGUUACCUGAAGUGUUCUUUAAAGAACACAAUUGAAUGCUGCAUUUACUAUGUUUUAAUUGUACCAGGGUUAGUAAUAGUACUUAAUCCCUGAGACUUUAUUUUUGUGAGGGACAAUUUGUCCCCCUAAGGAACCGAUUUAAGAGUGCUAAAUGUUUUUUUGUAAUCUCUUCUCUGCUGUAACGGUUUGAUUGCAAAUACCUAGUAAAGCUUCUGAUCCAUCCUAUUUAAUGAGACGCAGCUAAGCGUAAAUCCAAACUGUGGUUGUGGCUGUGAAUCGGCCAAAAACUGAAGAGCUUUUGCUUUUAUCUAAAACGUUUCUUCAGUAGUCCUAAGUGCCUGGGAGUUAGGGAUUUUAAAUCAAUUUUAAAAUCGCCUUUCUCCUUGAUCUGAAGUAUUUAGAUAUUUAGAAUAAAUUAACGGUCCCAACUCAUUUCUGUUUUUCUCAUUAAUUUCAACCACUACACGAUGGCAACAUUUUUAGUUGCAGUGUCUUAAUUAGAUGCAUUCAUUUUGUUCUCUUUUUUUUUAUUGCCAAUCCAUGUAAUGUAGCUUAAUUUAAACCAGUUUUGCAUCAGUGGCUUUUAUUUAUUUAUUUAUAAUACAUUGCCUCGCAUAACAUUUUGUGUUUUUUAGAAAUGAUACAGAUGAUUUAAAUCUGUUCAUUCAUGUAUUCCAUUUGCAAUUACUCAUUUUUGUGUGUUUUUUUUCUAGAUAGUAUAUUUGAAUGGAAUGCUCUGAAAUCAAUAUACUGUGAACUCCGUAUGGAAAUGUUGCUUUUUGAGAUUUUCUGAAUGCAUGGUGUGCAAACUUUAGGCUGUAAGCUGAACGUUUUGUUAGUAUGGCUCAAUAAAAAUCAUUUAUUAUUUUCA